AUGGCCAUUCUCCUGUAUUUUCUGGAAGCAGAGUGCGGUGUGCUGCUACGGCGGAUGCUGACGCCAGCGGAGGUCCUCCUUCUGCUGCAAGUCAGCAGGUCCUCGAACAUGAGAAGACUGGCGUGGGCCCGAGCCGUUCUGGCAGAUGUGGCCAGGCUACGCAGGGUCUUGGAACCCUUGAGGACCAUGCGACUGCGUUUCCCCGGCUUCGAUCUUCCCGUGAGCAUCAGAUGCACGAAGGGCUGGACUCCGCCAGAUCCCUCGGACCCACUGGAGACCUUGGGUCCCGUCGAGGAUCUGCUCUAUUGGUUGGACGACUUCGGGCUCGGAGGGUUCUCACCCGCCGAAGCGGUGCUGGUGAUGAACGCGUGGCCGAUAGAGACAAGGGACGCGGGCGCGGCUUUGAGCGACCUGCUGGAAGAAUCGGACAGUCACUUCUUCUACUCGGCCAGGCCUGCCGCCUUCCGAAGGACAUUCCGGCCCACGCUAGUAAACGUAGUCGUCUUUUUCACUUACAGAGGUCUGAACACCGUCCUUCAAAUGCAAGACGUCGUCAAUGACGGUCCGAAGCGACCCCGUGCGACAGCAUUCCACGCGACGGACGAAAAGGAAGACAGACUAUGCGUUCCAGAUGAUGACUGCAGGAGCAAGUCCGAAGUCGACUCUAUCCAUCUGUGUCUGUUCUCGAGUACAGGGCAUGUCGCAGCCGCUUCAGCGUCAAGCAAGAAAGCACGCGCAGGCUCCACUCGGAUCCCGUCGCCUUGCAUGUCGGGCAUCGACUACUCCAAGUGGGACCUGCUUCAAAGCAGCAGCGACGAGGAAGACUUCGGGAACCCCAUCCCGCCGCAGUCUCCGCGACAGCCCAUCACGACAGGUCCCUGGGCGGUGGCCGAUCCCUGGCGCAAGUGCAAUAAUCCACUAGUGCGACGUGAAGUGCUCAGAGAGGAGAAGAUUCUCCACAGGUUCGUGCAAGAGCACCCCUGUCCAUCCGAGAAAAGCCUUCGGCGCUGGCUUCGCAGCAUGAGCGGCACGGAGAGAAUCGUUCCCGGAGAGCUGACCUUUGCAUGGGUGAUGAAAGACAUGGGGUGGAACUCCGAGCACUUGGCGUGGUUCCACUACCCGUCCUUCCGGGAGCUCUGGCAAGCGGCGGCCUUGCAAACGGCCGAGGCCUUCACAGUCCAACGCAAUGCGGGCAGCACCCUGUACCAGCGCGGCGGCAAGGAGUGCAUGCAGUUCAACUUCUACGCGCUGCAGCACGCCAUGUGCGGAGAGCAUUUUCACACGGACGCCCCACUCCCCGUGUACUCGUACGCGAAACGCCUGGAGCACGCAACGGAUGCCCGCCAGAAAGUACGAGAUUUCCUAGGUGCACAUCUCUUCCGAGCAUGGUGCAGCGCCAAUGUGAGCAAGUGGACCUAUGCGGACGUUCCGAGCGUCUCGGAGAUCGCGCCGGAGCAGAACCAGUGCCCAUCGGAGGAAACCGUGCGUGAAGUGCUGUCCGGCAUAUCCGAAGUGGACAAGACACCGGAAGGCUUCGACUACUGCAUCUACCGACUACUGUGGCCGAGACGAGACUUAGCAGCACACACCGAUCUGACCCGUCUCGUUGCAAUUUUCAAAACCGUGAUGGCGGAAGGAGGCCAGCGCAAAGCGUGCCUGUACAUCAACCUACUGUACAGCACCGGGGCCAGUAGUGCGGACCAUCCAGAGAGGUCCGACCCCGCUAUAGGACGACUACGGUACCGGGACCGUCUCUGGACGGCCAGUCAGAUCGCAGACAUUAUCCUAAAGACCAUCUAG